AUGGGAGGCAGGUGUGGGCAGGCAGCAGUGUUCAGUGAGGUGGUGUAUAGAUGGGAACAUAAUCCUGGAGAAGGAGGAGUGAGCUGUAGGACCAUUUGGAAGGAGGGUUCCUGCAGGAGGAACCUGUGCAGAGCUGGCAGUGUGCUGAGGUGUGAGGAAGCACAGAGGCCAGGGUUUGCUGGGCUAGAGCCCAUGGGGAGAGAAGCAAGCAGUUCCAGGUUAUUAGCCCUUAUUGCCCCCAUUGUGGCAGUGCUGGGCAAGGAUGCCAUACUGCCCUGCUCCCUAGUCCCUGGCAUCAAUGCAGAGAACAUGGAACUGAGGUGGUUCCGCAUCACAUUCUCACAAGCAGUGUUCAUCUACUGGAACCAACAGGAACAGACUGAGGAGCCGAUGGCUGAUUAUAGAGGGUGGACCUCACUGGUGAGCAAGUUCCUCACUCAGGGGCAGGCUGCUGUGCACAUCCACAAGGUCCAGGUUUCUGACAAUGGAAUGUACACCUGCUUCUUCAGACAUGGAGGCUUCUCUGAAAAGGCUGAUUUGGAACUAAAGGUGGCAGGGAUGGGUGCUGACCCUCAAGGGCACAUAGAAGGACCAGAAGAGGAUGGAGUGCGUGUGAUGUGCAAAGCCUCAGGAUGGUUCCCAAAGCCCCAGGUGCAGUGGAGAGACCUCUGUGGAAACAAGUUCCUGGCCCUUUCUGAGGCCCACACCCAAGACAGUGAGGAGCUGUUUAGUGUGGAGGCCACUCUGGUGGUGAGAGACAGUUCUGUGGGGAAUGUGACCUGCUCUGUCCUUAACCCUGUCCUGGGCCAGGAGAAAGCCAUGGCUAUUUACAUCCCAGAGCCCUUCUUCCCUCAGGCUUCUCCCUGGAAGCCAGCAUUUGCUGUGAUCCUGACCAUGCUCGGGCUCCUACUCUUGGGGGCUUGCUAUUUUAUCAGAAAAGAACAUUCCAGAAGGAUGCAGGUGAGGCAGGAAAAGGAGCAUCUUUGCAGCUUAAGGCAGAGAAACAGCAGGCAAAGGAAGAGGUGCUGA